AUGGUCACAGCCAGGGUGUUACAGAAAUCCUCACCGGGUCCACCCAGUGCGGAAAAGCCAACACGCGCAUUUAGAGCUGAGGACGACAUAAUGGUUGAGAAUGAAUCCGAGUCGCUCCCCCGCAUUGAAGCUUUCGCGACUCGUCCAGUAACGACUCGCUCUGGCUUCCUCGAUACGCCGAGUUCGGACUCGAAAUCCGAAUUUGCGUACACGGGCGGAACACUCGAGCGCGUGGUGUUCAUCACACCGGCUUUCAUCUCAAUUUUGAUGAUUUCAUUCGUAACCCUCUGGGGAGCACGUUUAUCACGUGCGUUGACGGUAACUUUCAUCUGCUGCUACAUUUCCUACGGGUGGGUGAAAGGUAUCCACUCCGCCCUUUUCGCGCUCUUCGUUGGUAUUCCUCGCUGUCACGCCUAUAAGAAAGCUAACUGGCGCGAGCUUGCUAAAAGGGCAGAGCAUCAGAGCCCAAUUUUGCAAAGAACUUUUGGACCGCACGGUCCCAUGUUCAAGCUCAGAAAAUCGGACUCGCAACCUGGCAAUGAUGCCUCUGAUGGACGAAAAGUAAAGGAAGGACUUACUGCUCGAUUUGACUCGAUUGUUCACGUGUGUGUAAUUCCAACUUACAAAGAGCCCCUUGGUACUCUUCGAAAGACGAUCGACACCCUCAGGAGUCAGACCUGCGCGAGAGAAAAAUUAAUCGUUUGCAUUGCUACCGAAAGUCGUGACCGAGAUGCUCCCGAAAAGGUGCGCGCGCUCUUGGCUGAGUUUGGUGACAGCCUUCUUGGUUUCUUUUACACAAGUCAUGUGCUCAAUCCUGGCGAGGCAGUCGGCAAGUCAUCCAAUACAGCAUGGGCCGUGCGCUGUGUGAAGCACCAGUUAGUAGAUGUCUGGGGCUUCGAUCUGGAGGAUGUUCUCUUAACGAUAUGCGACGCUGAUACAUACUUUGAUCCACAAUUUAUGGACUGCCUAGCAUAUCACCACGUGCAGGAUCCAACUCCAUACAAUACCACAUACCAAGGUGCUGAAUGUUUCUUUCCGAAUAUCUGGGCCGUUCCGAUAAUAGUUCGCAUCAAAGCUCUGAUUGACUCCGUCGGAUUUCUUGGACAACUUUCGAGUCCAUUCAGUCACCCGUUCCCGUUUGCAAUAUACAGCCAAUCGCUGCGCACAGCUGUUGACUGUGGUUAUUGGGAUGUUGACAUUAUUCCUGAGGACUGGCAUCACUUUCUGAAGUGUUGGUUCCGAAGAAACGGAAAUUUUCGUGUAGUCCCAAUAUUUCUAUUCAUGGGAAACGAUGCUAUAGAAGAUGAUAAUUGGCUCGCGGCAAACAGGGCAAGAUACACGCAGGCAAAGCGGCACGCUUGGGGCGCAAUUGACCUUGCGUACAUUGUAUGCCAAUAUGUAAGCCGCCGGCACAAUAUUCCAUUUCACAAGGUUUACAAGCUGUUUGUACACGCUGCCGAACAUCACAUCAGCUGGACACUUUACUGGAUCACAGUCAUGCUUGGCUCACUUGUAAGCACGCUGGUGAAUCCCGAAUUGGAUACGUUCCCUUUCGGAAUCGGUUUGCGCAAACUUGCGGUUUUGUGUUUUCUUCCGAUGACGUUCGCGACCACCAUGUUCAUGAUAGGGGACUUUUACAUUCGAUUGUUUUUGGUCAACGAUCGCAGCCAUUUUGAAGCAAAUGCGGCACCGAUGUGGUGGCAAGCCCUUUCUCAGAUUCAAUGGCUGCUGAUGCCUGUUGCUGAUCUUUUCUUUGGUUCACUCGCUGGCCUUGACGCACAGUUGCAUAUGGCGUUCCAACCAACGAUGAAAUAUGAGGUCUCCACUAAAGUUGCCAAGGUGUUGAAGUAG